CAGAAGCAUCUCGCAAAUCGCUCCUAGAAGCCGCGCGCUCUCUAAUCGCGGAGCUCGAGACACCAGGGGAGAAGUUGGCGCGGCUGGGUUGGUUCGAGGGCUAUCGCACCUACGUGCUCAAAAUCGGAUUGGAUCUGGGUCUAUUCAAUAAAAUGGCCAAGGACAACGCGUCGCCGAAGUCUGUGGAGCAGCUUGCGAAGAUGACGGGGGCGGAGGCACGGUUGUUAGACCGAUUCUUGCGUGUCCUAGCCGCGGAUCGUAUGGUUGAGGAGACGGGAUCUAGCGAGUACACGCUCAACGGGUUCUCGACGUUGCUGACGCAGGAGAUCUACCAGGGCCUCUUGAUUGACUGUAUAGAUGCCAGCGGUCUCCCCACCGCAGCACUGCCGGAGUAUCUCAAAAGCACCGGAUACAAGAACCCAAUCAGCAAGGACGAGAGCGCAUGGAAAUUUGCGCUCAAGACGCCUCUGUCGUACUUCGAGUAUCUCGCCCAGCCAGGCCAGGAGUACCGCUUGCGGAACUUCAACCUCCACAUGACGGCAAAGAACGAAAUCUACACGCAGCGCUGGUUCGAGGUGGUCCCCGUCCAUGAAGCCCUACGCCCGUCGUUAGGACCGGACUCACCUCUCAUCGUCGACGUCGGCGGGAACGUCGGGCACGACCUCAUCGCUCUCCACGAGGCGCACCCGGAGCUGAAAGGAAAACUGGUAUUGCAAGACUUACCUGGGCCUAUUGCUCAAGCAACAAACCUACCGGCCGGUACCGAAAAGAUGGAGUACAGCUUCUUCACGCCGCAGCCCGUGAAAGAGGCGUCCGCGUACUACUUCCACCAGGUGCUCCACGACUGGCCCGACGACAAGUGCCGUGAGAUUCUGAAGAACCAGAUUCCGGCGAUGAAGAAGGGGCACAGCAAGAUCCUCAUCGACGAUCUGGUCAUCCCGGACCAAGGCGCGGGCUGGCUGGAGACGGGAAUUGAUAUGCUUAUGCUGACGACUCAUUCCGCUCAAGAGCGGACACAGGCGGAUUGGAGGAGCUUGCUCGAUAGCGUGGGGUUGAAGAUGACGAAACUCUGGGACUGCAAGGGAUAUCCUUUCAAGCUGAUCGAAGCGGAGCUUGCGUAAGUCUCCCGAGGAGAGUAGCGUUCAGGAUGGCGACUGGAGGCGCGCAAGGGGCAUCAUGUGGGGCAUCCUGUCAGACGAUUGAGCCGCAACGGGCAAGACGAAAGCUAGCGGAGAUCAGGGUCGAAGAGGAAGACGGGUUCCUGGUGAGUGCAAGGGCUAUCCCUUCAGACUGUCGAGUUGUAACGGGUAUGACGAGAGCUAGAGAGAGUAUGGUUGACGAUCUUGACGUUGUGAGUGUAAGGGGUAUCCUUUCAGACCGAGUAACGCGCAGCUGGCAUGAAAAAAGCGAGUACAACAAUCCAAAUGAAGUAUAAAGAAGAGAAAAGUAUUACGAC